CAGCCGAGCCGGCCCCGCCCCUCGAGCCGGCCCCGCCCCCACGCCGCCGGCCCCGCCCCCAGGCCCCCGUCCCCCGCUGUGGCGUGGCCGGGCGCGGCGUGAGGCGGACCCUGCUGCGCCAGCAGCCCUGUGGCGGCGACCACGAUGGACCAGGAGCCAGGGAGCCGUGCGGAAGGCGGAGAAGCGGCCCCGAACUCGGGGGCUGCGGCGGCCGCGGCGUUCAGGGAGUCGGCGCUGCAGGUGAGUAAUGAAAGAGGCUUUGAAAAUGUAGAACUGGGAGUCAUAGGAAAAAAGAAGAAAGUCCCAAGGAGAGUCAUCCACUUUGUUAGUGGUGAAACCAUGGAAGAAUACAGCACAGAUGAAGAUGAAGUCGAUGGCCUGGAGAAGAAAGAUGUUCUGCCUACUGUUGAUCCGACAAAACUUAACUGGGGCCCCUACUUAUGGUUUUACAUGCUUCGUGCGGCCACAUCAACCCUCUCAGUGUGUGACUUUCUUGGAGAGAAGAUUGCAUCUGUUUUGGGCAUCAGCACCCCAAAAUACCAGUAUGCCAUUGAUGAGUAUUACCGGAUGAAGAAGGAGGAAGAAGAAGAAGAAGAAGAAAACAGGAUGUCUGAAGAAGCAGAAAGACAAUACCAACAGAAUAAGCUGCAGGCUGAUUCCAUUGUUCAGACAGAGCAACCAGAAACAGUAGUAUCCAGUUCAUUUGUGAAUCUCAAUUUUGAAAUGGAGGGAGAUUGUGAAGUAAUUAAGGAAAGCAAAGAAAAUCCAGUCUCUGUCCCACCGUAGAAGGAAAUGACUGUCAACCUUCAAAAUCUAAGGUGGCUUUCCUACCAGGGUUUUUCACACUCUCUAUUCAGUGGGACUUAAUGCAGUUAUUUAUAUUUUAAAUUAUUAAGUUAUCUGGAAAGGGAAACGUGUUUCUUCAUUCUUAGGCUCUGUGUAGCAAGAGCCAUAUCUGAAAUGUGGAUAUUUGUACUAUUCUUUUACUGUGUGUCAAAUUAGUGCUUUGGUUUUAAAAUGAUCUUUUAAAAAAGUUAAGGACAUUCUAGAGCCCUAACCACCAAUUAAGGAGUUAAAUUAUCAAUCUUGUCUUUUAUUUCUGUUUGUGAGGGAAAAAAAUAGGUAAGUUGCUGAUUAAGGCUGAUUAGAGCUGAUAUUCCUAGUCUCUGAUUAAAAUGAGGAUUUUUUUCCCCUAGAUUUUCUCAUGUUAUGUCUCACAUUUAUAUAGCUACCCAUUAAUUUCAUACUAAGGAUGGUUCACUUGAGUGUGUAAUAAAAGGAGCAAGAUAAAAGCACAUUGAACUUUCUUUCCUUGAGAAUAACUUUGUUUUAUGGAAAAGUGAUUGAGUUUAUAAAAACACCAAAUAUUAAGAUGGGUUUCCAUUUUUUAAAGCAGGUUAAUCUGAGAUUCUUUUUCAGUAGUUAUUCAAAUUAAAUAACUAGCUUUGAACAUAAUGUUAAAAACCCUAGUUAUGGAAUGAAUUUAUUAAUAUAUUUAUAUUCAAGUGGUAAUACCUAGUGAUUAUCCACAUGGCAUCCUGGUUGUCACUCCCUCAGCCCUGAAUUCCUCCUAUGGCCCAAGCAGUUGCGGGGAUGGGAGUGGGGCUGGGGGACAGUGAAGACUUAACCCUCCAGGGCUCACUGUUAAAUAUUGUACAAGGUGCAGUGGUAGCAUAAUGAAGUUACCUGUCAUUCCCCACUUCAAAGUAACAACAGUAAAGUGGACAGUUUACUUGACCCAGGUUGACCAUCUCUCUACCCACUGUGCUAUUAGCAAACCUUACAAAAGUAUAAUAUGUAACUAAUUUUGAAAAUAUUCCUAAAUACGUAUUCAGAAUCUUAUAUCUGUAUGACUUUGAUUUGUACUAAAUGUGGGUAAGGAAAAAUGUAUGGAGUAUUUCAGAUAGGCUGCUCUUAAAAGCAUAUUCACAAACUUUUAGCUUUUAGAGAUUAAUGGUGGUUUGGUUGUUAAUAGCCUUCUAAACAGCAUUAACCUUUCAAUCUCAAAUAUAUUUAUAUAAAAUAAGGCUUCAAAGAAACUUACAAUAUAGGUACAGUGGGCCUGUUAAUGGAAAUCUAUUAUCAAUGAAUAUGAACAUCUGGCCACUAAGUUCUUCAGCUGAAAUUUGAAGGAUUAGGAAAGAUAAUUUCUUCAUUAGGAAUCUUCAGUUACAUGGAUUCAUGGUAUGGUGGUUCAUGGCAUGUGAUGGGCAUUAGUCAUGGGUAUAAACUCUACAAAAUUUAGUGCUUAAAGGAUUAAUCUUCAGAUUAUGUAUAAUUUAUGUCACCAUAAAUUAUAGUUUAUCAAUAGCUCAAAGCAUGCUAACCUGACGUUUUAACUUCGUUUGAGAUAGUACCUCCAACUCAGAUAUUUGAUUAUCUGUGAAGGCAUGCAUAUCUAAAGGUGAUCUGAGUCUUUUCCCCUGGAAGCACGAGAUCUAAGAGUUUACUUAGUAACUUUUGUGAUUGUAGUAGAAGGAGGGUAAUGACUUAUGAAGGUUUUACGUUUCUUGAAUUUUACUUUGUCUACUUGUCCAACAGUGGCCAGUUUGUAAUGUUCAUAUAGUUAUUUACUGUGCCUUAAAUUUUUAUAAUUUUUAUUUAUGCAAACUAUAAAACUUCCCAUAAAUGCAUUAAAUGGUUUUGUCUUAUU